AAAUGAGCGGCUAAUUGUGUAGUGAAUAGAAGUGUUUACUUCUAUAAUUGUCAACGCUUCGUUUAAAUUUUACUGUUUAAUUGAUUUAUUUUUUUAUUACAAAGUUAAUACCGUUUGUUUGUUAGUGUUUUUUCGAGUAGUUACAAAAUUAGUGUUCUUUACGAAAAAAACAUACAGAGGUGUAUCGAUGUAUGGUUUUGUUAUUUACAAUAAUUUUUUUUUCAAAAAAUUAAAUUCCUAAUCUAAAAUUAAAAAAUUACUGUAAUGUUUACUUUGUGCAAACAAACGAGAGUACCGACUUGCGUGGAGCAUGCUGUAUAUUGCUACUUCUUCAACCGUGUAGAAAAAUGUCUUGUAGUCGCUGGUGUUAAUAUUUUACGAGUGUAUCGGCUUGUUCCAACUGACACAACAUGUCAUCCUCCCAAAGCGAAAUUCGAAUGUUUAGCGCAGUACACAUUGUUUGGCAAUGUUAUGUCCAUGCAGCCUGUAACGUUAUGUCCCAGCUCACCAGAUGCCCUGUUACUCAGCUUCUCGGAGGCCAAAUUCAGCUUAGUUGAGUAUGAUCGUGACACACAUAGUUUGCGUACACUUUCUUUACAUUAUUUUGAGGAUGACAAAUUUAAAGAUGGCCGAACUCAACACUGGUCUACCCCUAUAAUAAGAGUAGACCCAGAUGGCCGGUGCGUGGUAGGCGUAGUUUAUGGACGGUAUUUAGUCGUAUUACCUUUUAGUCGUACAAUAGAUGACCAUGCAAAAGGAACACAAGUCAUGCCUAGCUAUACGAUUCCAAUUUCACAAAUAGAACCCAAAAUGAACAAUAUUCUUGACUUUGAUUUCUUGGAUGGAUAUUAUGAACCUACAUUACUCAUUUUGUAUGAACCAAUUAAGACAUUUGCAGGACGUAUAGCAGUAAGAAAAGAUACUUGUGCAAUGGUUGCAAUAUCGUUAAAUAUUCAACAACGAGUACAUCCAGUUAUAUGGUCUUUAGAUUCACUUCCAUACGAUUGUCAAAAAGUUAUUCCAGUUUCUCGUCCGAUCGGUGGAGUUCUAAUAAUGGCAGUCAAUUCACUAAUAUAUCUCAAUCAAAGUGUUCCACCUUAUGGAGUAGCUUUAAAUUCCAUAGCAAAAACAGUAACAAAUUUUCCUUUAGUACAACAGGAAGAUAUCAAUUUAGUUUUAGAUCGUGCGACAGCAACAUUUAUAUCUAACGAUAAAUUAGUCACAUCUUUGUGUAAUGGUGAUUUAUAUGUUAUUACACUUUUCGCUGAUAGCAUGCGUGCUGUAAGAAAUUUUCAUUUUGAAAAAAGUGCCUCUAGUGUUUUGACAACGUGCAUAACAGUAUGCUUGGAUUCUUAUCUAUUUCUUGGUUCCAGGUUGGGAAAUUCAUUGUUAUUAAGGUAUUACGCACGGUCUCAAAAUAAUGAAAAUGAACCCAGUAUGAAAAGAAAAAAAACAUAUGAGAUUGAUGAAGAUUUAAUCGAAUUAGAAGUGUAUGGUAGUGAAGUACAAACAUCAUUUUGUUUAGAAAGCUAUAGUUUUGAAGUAUGUGAUAGUAUUAUAAACAUCGGACCCUGCAGCCAAGCGUCUUUAGGCGAACCUGCUUAUAUAUCAGACGAGUUCACUAGCGAUGAACACGAUGUAGAAUUAUUAUGUACAUCUGGCCAUGGAAAAAAUGGCGCUUUAAGUGUUCUACAUCGUUCUAUUAAACCUCAGCUUAUAACUACUUUUCAUUUAGAUGGUUACAAAGACAUGUGGACUGUUCACGCUGAUGAUGAUUUUCACAGUUUUAUGAUAUUAACCGAUACAGAUUCAACAAUGGUGCUCCAAACGGGCAAGGAAAUUAAUGAAUUAGACUCGUCUGGGUUUGCUACUCAAGAACAUACAGUUUUUGUUUGUAAUUUAAAUAAAUAUAUUGUUCAAGUGUUAAAGUACUCAGUUCGGCUUCUAAAUGGCUCUGAACAAUUACAAAAUGUUCCGUUAGAAUUGAGCUCACCAAUUAUCCAUGGGUCGAGCUGUAACCCAUAUGCAGUUUUAUUAACAGAAGACGGACAAGUUGUCGUUUUAACGAUCAAGUCAAUGGGUAGAAUUAUAGUCAUGCGUCCGACCAAUUUUGAUAAAAAUCCACAGACAAAAGCAUUGACUGUGUAUCGAGACGUAAGUGGCCUAUUCUCAAGUGUAAUGCCGCAAGCGGAAAUUCCUGUUACAGGUCCAAAAUUUAAACACGAGAAUUUCAUUGAGGAUUCAGUUGAAGACGAAGAAGAGAUGUUGUAUGGAGACACUAGAGAUCCGUCUACAAAAGAAGUGCCUCUUAGCUCUGUUUCCAACAAACACACUUUAUGGUGGUUAAAAUAUUUAGAACAACCCGUUCCUACAUAUUGGGUUCUGUUAACGCGAGAAAAUGGUUUUUUAGAAGUAUAUACAUUACCCGAUUUUAAAAUAAAAUACCAAGCCGCAAAUAUAGAUGAAGGACCUUUGGUACUUAAAGACUGUUUAGAAGAUGGUAAUCUUUUUCCUAAGAAGACUGAAUCCGUUAAAGAAAUAUUAAUGGCGCCUCUAGGAUAUCAAGAAAAAAGACCCGUUAUGUUUGUUAGACUGGAAAAUGAAGUAGUGAUUUAUGGUGUACAUAGACAUCCUGUUGGUACGUUGAAAAUGCGUUUCCACAAAUUAAAUUCCAUCUUGACAUUUGAAUCAAAAUCACAACUCCAUCUAGAAAAAACAUCAUUGCUUCGAUAUUUUUCAAAAGUAGCAGGUCAUAGUGGUGUUUUCUUAUGUGGACAAAAUCCGCAUUUGGUAUUGUUAACAACAAGAGGUGAAUUGCGUUGUCAUCCGAUGCAUGUGGAUGGACCCAUUACUUGUUUUGCUCCUUUCCACAAUGUUAAUUGUUCACAAGGUUUUCUGUACUUCAACUCUAAACAUAAAUUGAGAAUUUGUAUACUACCCACACAUUUAUCAUACGAUGAACCUUGGCCACUAAGAAAAGUCCCACUGCGUAAGACUCCACACUUCAUAGCAUAUCAUUUGGAGACAAAAACCUACUGUGUCGUUACUUCUUCUUCCGAACAUUCUGCAAGUUAUUACCGUUUCAAUGGGGAAGACAAAGAACUUACAACCGAAGAACGAGAACCUAAUUUUCCUUUACCUCAACGUGAUAGUUUUUCAUUAGAGUUAUUUUCUCCAGCAUCUUGGGAACCGAUUCCAGAUACGAGUAUUGAAACCGAAGAAUGGGAACACGUUACUUGUCUUAAGAAUGUCGCUUUAGCAUAUGAAGGAGCUCGUAGUGGUUUAAAAGGUUAUAUUGCAAUGGGUACAAACUACAGUUAUUCUGAAGACAUUACAAGUAGAGGGCGUAUAUUUUUAUUUGAUAUAAUUGACGUCGUUCCAGAACCCGGUAAACCUUUGACUAAAAAUAAAAUAAAAAUGCUAUAUGCUAAAGAACAGAAAGGACCCGUUACCGCUAUAACACACGUAGUUGGAUUUUUAGUUACUGCUGUAGGUCAGAAAAUUUAUAUUUGGCAACUCAAAGACAACGAUUUGAUUGGUAUUGCUUUCAUUGACACUGAAGUUUACGUUCAUCAGUUAUUGAGUAUAAAGAGUUUAAUAUUGGUGGCCGAUCUCUUUAAAUCGAUUACACUUUUACGCUUUCAAGAAGAAUAUCGAACUCUUUCUUUAGUAUGUCGAGACGCUAAGCCACUUGAAGUCUACGAUAUUAAUUUCCUCAUCGACAACUCUGAGCUCGGCUUUUUGGCAUCCGAUAGAGACCAAAAUCUUUUAAUUUAUCUUUACCAGCCAUUGGCUCGUGAAAGUUAUGGUGGCCAGCAUUUAAUACGCCGUGGUGAUUUCAAUUUGGGUUCGAAUGUGAAUACAUUCUUUAGGCUACGGUGUAAACAAUCAACUUUGUCGGCCGAACGACGUGAAGUUAUUGGAUCAGACAAACAACACGUGACCAUGUAUGCAACACUUGAUGGCUCAAUUGGAUAUAUUGUACCUAUACAUGAAAAAAAUUACAGGAGAUUGUUAACUUUACAAAAUAUACUGGUGCGAAACAUACCACAUCUAGCUGGUCUGAAUCCAAAAGCAUAUCGUUCUUAUAAAACAAUAACACCAGAAAGAAUGAAUGCAACUAGAAGAGUAAUUGAUGGCGAUUUAGUAUGGAUGUACAUUACUAAUUUGAACUCUAGACAGCGUAUUGAAAUAGCAAAUAAAAUUGGUGUUAAAACGAUUGACUUGUUACAAGAUUUAUAUGAACUCGACAAAAUUACAUGGCACUUUUAAAACUUUGUGUUUAUUACAAUACAAGUUCCUAGCGUUUUCAUACGAGGUCAUGUUGAAGAACUCCAAUUUGUAUUAAAUACUGUAGUAUCUAUCUAAAAUGUAAAUAUUAUUAUUGUUAGAUAGGUAUGUGAUAUGUGAUACUUGCAGGGAAAAAUGCACUAAAAUAAUAUAUCGGCCUUGACUUGUUUUAAAUUACUCUAAUUGUUAAUUAUUAAGAAGACUAGUUUUGUAAAAAAAAAAACACGCAUUUAUGUAUAAUAUCUGAAUUUUAUUUUUUUUUUUCUUAAAAUUAUUGCUUUACUUCUCCUGAUAAAAUAAUUAAUAAUUAGUUAAUUGUUUUUUUUUCUGUAGUUUUUUUAAAUAAAAAAUGAGUUACAUGGUUUCUAGUGGUACAU